AUGGAGGAAGGAAGUCCUCGCCGACCGAGAGCAGUGUCUGGAGCUUCUCGCAGAAGCGAGGGACCAAUCUCCCCGACCAGAAAUGGCCGAGGAUUGUCAGAGGACGAUGCCAUCUCGCCCACUCGGCGCUUCUCGGCCAUCGACGAGGACCAGCCCCGCCGUCGUAGCUCAGCAGCUAGACGGAGCGGCAGUGGCGUCCUGAGUCUAGCACCGCGGACGACCCUGGCAGAGAGAACCCAAGGGAAAUUCACCCUGGCAGGGCCCGAUGAAGGUCCGCAGAUGGUCCUGUCCUAUGAGCCCUUCGUGCAACCGGGAUACGUAGACCUCAAUCCUUCGUAUGAGCAGCCCAAUAAUGCAAAGCCCGUCUGGUCUCUGGCUAAACCACUGCCCCGUGUCGUGCGACCGGGCAUGGUGCCGACGAAAGAUGAGCUGUUGGAGAAGCGCGGCAAUGCGCAACUUCCCGCGGAGAAUUCGCAGCGAUUAGGGCUCGAUCCGAAUCCCAAUGACCUCGAACAAGGAAAAAUCGAAAAAACCGUCGAUCCACGAAAGAUGGCGGCGCAGGUGGAGGAUGCGCGGCUGCAGCGUGAAGCCAACUUCAUGAACAAGGUUCUUACGGGAGAAACUACCUCUGUUGCCGGGCGAGGAUCACGACGUCUUUCCCACACGUCUUCUACUCGACAAAGACGGCCGUCUCAGUGGAAUGCUGAUGAGGACCACCUUUCCACCGUUGAAGAAGGCGGAUCGCAGCCAACCGACGAUGGCCAUGGCCAGGGUAGACCGCCCGACUAUUUAACAGACGAUCCCUUGGGGACCGUCCCUGAAGUCCCAGAAGGGCUUAAUGCGGAUGACUUGGACACGAAAUUGGAAUUCCCAGGAUUGGACCAUGAGACCUGCCCUGAGGAUCUACAUCCAUUGGUGCAGGAUCUCAUCGAGGAAGAGGUCCACAACAACCACACUACAUGGUCCGUCAUCCGGACGCACCAUCGCGAAGCACUCGCCGAAGCGCUCGCCGUAUUCGUGCAAUUAACCAUCGGAUUCUGUGCCGACCUGUCAGUGACCGUCGCAGCCGCCGGAAACCCUAACACCACGGCGUGGGCCUGGGGCUUUGCAACCAUGAUUGGUAUCCAUAUUUCCGGUGGUGUCUCCGGUGCCCAUCUCAACCCCGCCAUCACCGCGAUGCUCUGGUUCUACCGUGGCUUCCCCAAACGCAAAAUCCCAGAGUACUUCGCGGCCCAAUUCAUCGGUGCUUUUUGUGCCGGUCUCGCCGCGUACGGUAUCUACUACCAGUCCAUUCAGUACUACAUUAGCAACAACAUCGACACGGGCAUCAUCACCAGCUUCGUCACCAGUCAACGCGAGGUAUGGAUUGGACCCGCGACGGCUUUUUUCACAGAGUUCAUAGGCACCGCCUUCCUCGCCGUGACUGUCCUGGCCCUAGGUGAUGACCAGAACGCUCCACCCGGAGCCGGUAUGAACUCGCUCAUCAUCGGCCUCGUCAUUACAUGUCUGAGUAUGACAUUCGCCUACCAGACUGGCGCGGCGUUCAAUCCCAGUCGAGACUUCGGGCCACGACUUGCGCUUCUCGCGAUGGGCUAUAGCAAUGAUCUGUUCUUGAACCCGUACUGGUUCUAUGGCCCGUGGGUUGGUGCUGUGGCGGGUGCGUUCAUGGGCGCCUUCUUGUAUGAUUUCUUCAUUUUCACUGGUGGUGAAUCGCCUGUCAACUAUCCUCUUGAGCGGACCCAGCGGGCGAUAAGGAAGAGUCGGAUGAAGUGGAAGCGUCGUCUUCGUCUUGCGAAGCGGGAGCCUAGGGGAAUUUCUAUCCCGUGA